AUGCGUACAGACAUCCAGGCUCGAUCUUCGUCGUUGGAGAUAAAAACUCCUCUAUUACAAAUAACUACCGGGAAAUCAUAUGAUGCUUUUGCUCAUGAAGAUGAAGACAAGUUUCCUGACGGAGGUUGGAGGGCUUGGACUGUAGUUUUAGGCUCGAGUCUUGGAUUGAUGACUGUGUUUGGAAUAAUGCAAACCAUUAGUAGUAUUCAAGUGUUUGUGAGUAAUAACAUGUUGAAGGAUGUGAAGAUGUCGGCCACUUCAUGGAUUUUCUCCCUUUACAUGUUCUUUAAUUUGAGUAUGGGUAUAGUGGCUGGUCCAUUGUUCGACAUUUACGGUAUCAAAAAGGUUCUUAUACCUGGUAUGCUACUCAAUUGCAUUGGUCUAUAUGCAACUGCGUUCUCUACCAAGCUUUGGCAUUUUAUUCUAAGUUUUGGAUUCGCCAGUGGUAUUGGUUCUGGCAUGAUGAUGAAUCCCCUUAUGUCUGUAAUUAGCCAUUGGUUCCUUAGAAGAAGAGGAAUCGCCAACGGUUUUGCUCAGGCUGGUUCUAUUGCCGGCGUAUUGUUUCCCAUUAUGCUCAGAUCUCUAUAUCCAAAGCUCGGUUAUUCUAGUUCCAUGUGCAUUAUGGCUUCAAUUUGUGUCUUUCUUUGUUUUCUUAGCUUCUUCCUUGUUCAGGAUCGCCGAAGUGUCCUGACAGACAAGGACACGGUUAAAGGUAGGUCGCUUUGGAAAAACAUCCGUAUGGUAUUAGACUUUAGAUCUUUCAAGGAGAAGCCGUUUUCUUUGUUGGUAGUGGCUCUUUUCUUUAACGAGUUCUCUCUAUUACUUGUCAUCACCUAUAUCGGUACCUAUGGAGAAGUAAGAGGGAUGUCCGAAUCGGAUUCGUACCUUCUAGUCACUGCAAUGAAUGCUGCCGGAGUUGUUGGUAAACUUGUUCCAAACUACUUUAGCGAUAAGAUUGGUCGGUUUAAUGUGAUGAUUCUUGUAUCAUCAAUAAUGACCAUCUCUAUUUUUGCUCUAUGGCUACCCUACUAUAACAGGGCGGCAUUGUAUACUUUUUCGUGCAUUUAUGGGUUUGCAUUCGCCGGUUCUUACUCGAUGACACCUGUUACGAUCUCACAGAUAUCUCUUACGAGACAGUUUGGUUCUAGGUAUGCCACCGCCUAUCUAGUCGUGGCCUUCGGUAAUUUGAUUUCCAUGCCCAUUGGUUCUCAGUUUAUUAAUCAGCAAACCAUUCAUGGUUAUAAUAAUAUGAUUAUCUUCGCUGGUUGUACAACAUUGAUUGCCACAACUUUCUUCAUUCUCUCUAGAACCUCGAUUGUUGGCAGAUGCCUGUUUAAGUUUGUUUAG